CUGCACUAGGAACCUGGAGUAUGCAGCCACGAUCCAAACCUCAGCUCGGAUAUUCCAGAUCGUAGAACCAGAACUUGUCCCAGCAGUUUUACAGAUGUAUCUGUACCCGGAGAAGGACGAAUACCGGAGGAUGGUUCGAUUGCUCCGACAGGUUUGGAGGUUAGCUCAGGAGAACCUAAUCUCAACCUUGAAGAAGAUUGUUGAUCCAACAGCUUUAUCCAUCAUUAUUCUCAUAGAAACAAAGAAGAUUGCUAAACAGAUAUUUGAGAAUAUGUACGAGCAGGAACCAGAGAUCUUGAAGAACCAGAUCCUUCUCCUGGUUGGAAUGUGUGAGAUGGGAGUAGAUCUAUCUUGGAAGGAGCUGGGCGGAGCUCAGACGAACCCGCUAGCGGAGACACAUCCUCUAGUGAGGACGGAGCGAGCAGUGUGGGAGGUUAGAGCUGCUGCCAAGAUCCUUGUCUCCAAUACAGAGGAUCUAGAGCUCCAUAAAUCCCUGGUCAAAAGGAUUAAAAUCCUGAUCAACUAUUUCUCCGAACUCUCAUGUUUUCUGGUUGACCAGGCACAGGAGAACCGAACCCUCUCCAGUACCGGGCAUUUCCUGGAGAAGAAAGAACCCGAGGAAAGAAUCAGUUUCUAUUCAAUCCUGAACCCGGAGAAAAAUAGAAUUCUCACCCAAACCUUGAGGCGGGAUAUGUACAGGUUAACAAUAACAGUUGAUAUGUCUCCCUAUACCCCGCAACCCCCGAGAGAGAAUCCAACCUCACGAAUACAAACCUUGAGGAUGGAACGAACCCCGGAGUCAAGUGCUAGACUCUCAUCCGUCCUUGAUCAACUAUCCCUCCUGUCUCAUGAGCUCUCUCUAAACCUCGAAGCCGGAGAGGAAGAAGAGAGCCUGGUUAAGGGGGUACAAGGAGAAGGAGCCAAACCUAAACCUGAAACUGGAAAUAUAUCGUUAAGACGGAGAAUUUUCAAAAGCCGCGAAUUUAAUCUGAAACCAUCUUUAAACUAUAUUUGAUAAUUUUAAUGUUCCAUAUCAAUAAGAAAAUUGUUUAAUAAAUGUAUAUCUAAAUAA